UCUCUUUCCCUCCUCCUCGAACUUUCCUAAAAUCCACACACAUCACGAAGAAGAAGAAGAAGAAGAAGCCAUGGCUAAUGUUCACUGAUAUUUUGUACACAUCCACCGCCGGCUCACCAAAAUAAUGCAGGAUAUUCUCGGAUCGGUUCGCCGAUCCUUGGUUUUCCGGUCUUCUUUAGCCGGAGACGAUGGUACUAGCGGCGGAGGUCUUAGCGGAUUCGUUGGGAAGAUUAACUCCAGUAUCCGUAGCUCUCGUAUCGGCCUUUUCACCAAACCGCCUCCUGGACUUCCUGCUCCUAGAAAGGAAGAAGCGCCGUCGAUUCGGUGGAGGAAAGGGGAAUUAAUCGGUUGCGGUGCUUUUGGGAGGGUUUACAUGGGAAUGAACCUCGAUUCCGGCGAGCUUCUUGCAAUUAAACAGGUUUUAAUCGCUCCAAGCAGUGCUUCAAAGGAGAAGACUCAGGAUCACAUCCGAGAGCUUGAGGAAGAAGUACACCUUCUUAAGAACCUUUCACAUCCAAACAUUGUCAGAUACUUGGGUACUGUAAGAGAGAGCGAUUCCUUGAAUAUUUUGAUGGAAUUUGUUCCCGGUGGAUCAAUAUCAUCUUUGUUGGAAAAGUUUGGAUCUUUUCCCGAGCCAGUAAUUAUAAUGUACACUAAGCAAAUUUUGCUUGGUCUGGAGUAUCUUCACAAGAAUGGGAUCAUGCACAGAGAUAUUAAGGGGGCGAAUAUUUUGGUCGAUAACAAAGGAUGCAUCAGACUCGCAGAUUUUGGUGCUUCCAAGAAAGUUGUAGAGCUAGCUACUGUAAAUGGUGCCAAAUCUAUGAAGGGGACGCCGUAUUGGAUGGCUCCUGAAGUCAUUCUUCAGACUGGUCAUAGCUUCUCUGCUGAUAUAUGGAGUGUUGGGUGCACUGUGAUUGAGAUGGCUACGGGGAAGCCUCCCUGGAGCGAGCAGUAUCAGCAGCAGUUUGCCGCUGUCCUUCAUAUUGGUAGAACAAAAGCCCAUCCUCCAAUUCCAGAAGAUCUCUCACCAGAGGCUAAAGACUUUCUAUUGAAAUGCUUACACAAAGAACCAAGCUUGAGACUCUCUGCAUCCGAAUUGCUUAAGCACCCAUUUGUCACUGGAGAGCGCCAGGAGUCUUAUCCGGCUUACCGUAAUUCUCUUACGGAAUAUGGAACCCCAAUAGCCACACAAGGAAUGAAUGUUAGGAGUUCAAUUAACUCGUUGAUCCGGAGGUCAACCUGUUCAGGCCUGAAGGAUGUCUGUGAACUGGGAAGCUUGAGGAGUUCCAUUAUACACCCACAGAUAUCAAAUAACUCAAGAUAUUGUUGGGGAGAUGGAGACUCUGAUGACCUUUGUCAGACCGACAUGGAUGAUCUCUGCAACAUUGAAUCAGUCAGAAAUAAUAUUUUGUCACAAUCCACUGAUUUAAACAAGAGUUUUAAUCCCAUGAGUGAUUCCACGGAUAACUGGUCUUGCAAGUUUGAUGAAAGCCCAGAAGUGAUGAGAAGCAAAUCUAACCUGCUUUCCUACCAAGCUGCUGAACUCAAAUCUGGGGUUCCAUGUGAUGAGGAAACUAGCUUAACAUUUGCUGGUGGCUCUUCCGUUGCAGAUGACGAUUAUAAAGCCACGGAGCUGAAAAUAAAAUCAUUUUUGGAUGAGAAGGCUCAAGACUUGAAAAAGUUGCAGACCCCUCUGCUCGAGGAAUUCCACAAUGCUAUGAAUCCAGGAAUACCCCAAGGUGCACUUGGAGUCACAAACAGCUACAAUUUACCAAACCUACCAACUAUAAGCAAGUCACCUAAACGACUUCCGAGUAGACGACUCUCAGCAAUCAGUGAUGCUAUGCCCAGCCCGCUCAAAAGCUCCAAACGUACAUUGAACACAAGCAGAGCUAUGCAGCCAGGAACAGAACCAAGUCAAGUCAAUGAGUCGACCAAGAAGGGAAUAACUAAUAGCCGCUGUUUCUCAGAGAUACGCCGGAAGUGGGAAGAAGAACUCUAUGAAGAGCUUGAGAGGCAUCGAGAGAAUAUGCGACACACUGGUACUGGAGGGAAGACUCCAUUAUCAUCAGCCCACAAAGGAUAGUGAACGGCUAAGAGAAUAACUGUAUGUUUAUGAUCUUUUACGUUAUUACCCCAAAAGAUUAUUCUUGUCUUUUUUUUUUUUUUUUUUUUUGGGGUUGGUGGGGUAAUUUUUAUCACUAGUAAUGAUAUUUGAUAUAUGUAGAUAGUUCUCAAACGGCUCAUAGUAUAUUACUAUAUUAUUUUUAUUAUUAUUAUCAUUAUUGUUAUGUA